GAGAGCAUGAGGGAGGAGGGGGGAAAGGAUGGAGCGAGGGAGCAGAGAGAGAGAGCAUGAGGGAGGAGGGGGUGGGGGGUAAGGUGGUGGUAAUGUGUGAGUAGCGGGUGCUCUCGCUUCAAUGUAGCAGCCAGCGUAGUGGCAGAUCGCUAGAAUACUGGAGGGAGCGGGGUCGAGUGAGCUAUUUGGGGUUCCCAAAUAUCUGGGACAAACAGGCAGACAGAAAGACACACAGGCGGAUGGACGGAAAGAUAGGCAAGUGCUCCGACAAAAACGAGAAACGUAACGGAUAUUCGGCUUUCUUUUUAUGUUGUUUCCGUUCUUUAUUUAUUUAUUUGGCUUUAUUUAUUUAUUUAUUUAUCGAUUGAUUGCGUUUUAAUUACUGCCUUGUGACAGGGAGUGAGGGAGGAGGAGCGUCGGCCAAGCGGGCACGUUGUGUAGCCUUUCCAAAUGUUUAUUUAUUUCAGUUGAUUAGCUUAAUGCGACUAUUUUACAUGCAUUUUAAACACGAUUCGCUGCUUUGUAGCCUGCUUAUGGGUGAAUGUGGGUGUAUAUAGCCUACAUGUGAGAGGCAGUGAGAAAGUGCUAUCAGCUAUACACCAAAUAAAGUAGAUUAACCAAAAAUAACAAAUCCAAAUAUAUCACAAUAAUUGUUGUACUUUAUGCACGCCAGCGUGACUCGGGUUUCGUCUGUUUGUAUUGUAAUAUUAUCCAUUUGAUUUACCAGCGCAAACCAAAGCUAACCCGGGUGAGGAACGCUAAGAAACGAGCGACUGUUACGGUGUUUGUUCUCACGCCUGUCGAUAGGAAAACAGUGGGCUAACAUUGAGACUAUGCUAAUAUAAACGCAUACAGGAGAAAUAUAACGAUUAGGCUAUUGUAUGGUUACUUACAGUUUGCCACGGCAUACGAGAGAGACAGGAGCAAAGAUCUGGACAUAACCACAGGCUUAUAAUACAAGUAUUAUUACUAUAUUAGUCCUGAUAGUGUUCUUCUGAUAUAGUAGUGGGAGUUCAGUUGUGGUUCUAUCCGUCUGUGUGUUGGGUCUGGGCUGUUUCAUUAGCCUGAUUGCUGCACAGUCAAGGAGCACCAUAUAGAUAUAUGUUUUAUGCACAUUUACAUCCAAAAUCCUGCGGAUGAGAAACAGACAUCCUAAAACGUAAAUAGAGCUAUCCAGCAUAGCCUAGAUGUGUACGCGCGAUCAACUGGUAAGCUAAACAACGAAUGUACUAAGUUUUCGAUACCAAGUAUAUUUCAAACGGACGAAGAUUCACAGAAGAGGAACCAUCUUUUCACAAUAUUACUGAAAAAUGAUAUGAAACAAAACCAGAAGACGGAGGAAGAUCAUGUUUGUUCCCUUGCCGGUGCCGUUCAUGUUUCAGAGAACUGCCCCUGACCUCAACGCCUGGCGUCAGAAGUCCCCGUUGGCUCUACGUUCCGACUCCGAAAUCAGGAUGUCAAAGCCAGUUGAGGUUGAGAACACAGUGACUGACUCUCCAAUGGAGAGCACAGAUUCAGAGCGGAAUGGUCCUGACUCAAAUCAUCAGCUUCAGCAGAUGAAAAUCAGCCCCUUUCACCUUUCUCCAACCCUCAGCAGCAACAAGAAUAAGAUGGAAGAGUGUGGUGAGAUGUCCCUGGGCCCUGCUCCCCACCACAGCCACGCCCCCUCACAGACGCCCCUCCCACACACACAGCUCAUGCUGACCGGCUCCCAACUGGCAGGGUUGACAGCUCUCUUGCCAGCUCAGCAGCAGUUGUUACUGCAGCAGGCUCAGGCCCAGCUUCUAGCUGCAGCUGUGCAGCAGUCUGUUCAGCAGUCCAACGCAGCUCACGCAGCUCACGCAGCUCAUGCAGCCCACGCAGCCGCCCAAGCCAAUCAGCAAGCUCAGGCAGCCGCAGCAGCCAAUCAACAUGCCCAGCAGCAGGCGGGACAGACAGGGCAGCAGGGCAAAUCACAGCCCCAGGGACAGAGCACACAGGAACAGACAGGUCAACCUGUCCCUGUCCCGCCCACUCAUCCUCAGCUCACCCUCUCUCAGCCAAUUCAGCUCACCGCCCAGGACAUCCAGCAGUUGUUGCAGCUGCAGCAGUUGGUUCUGGUGCCAGGACACCACCUGCAGUCUCCUCAGUUCCUCCUCCAACAGCACCAAGGGCAGCAAGGCCUACUGAUUCCCUCACUUCUUCACUCGUCAGGACUGCUAUCAACACCAAAUCUGAUUCAGCUACCUCAGCAAAACCAAGGGAGCCUCCUGUCCACUCCCAGGCUGGGGCUCCAAGCACAGAGAGAUAAGGCUAUGGAGGGCAGUGGGGUCAUGACCUCUGUGUCCUCUGUGACCUCUCACCCCGAGGAGCCCAGUGACCUUGAGGAACUGGAGGUGUUCGCCCGCACCUUCAAACAGAGACGCAUCAAACUGGGCUUUACACAGGGUGAUGUGGGAAUGGCCAUGGGGAAGCUAUAUGGUAAUGAUUUCAGCCAGACCACCAUCUCUCGCUUCGAGGCCCUCAACCUGAGCUUUAAGAACAUGUGCAAACUCAAACCACUACUGGAGAAGUGGCUCAACGAUGCAGAGACCAUGUCCACAGACAGUACCAUGCCCAGCCCCAGCUCUCUGUCCUCUUCCUCAAUGGGCUUUGAGGGCCUGCCGGGCCGACGCAGGAAGAAAAGAACCAGCAUCGAGACUAACGUCCGCGUGGCCCUGGAGAGAGCCUUCAUCACGCAGAACCAGAAGCCUACCUCAGAGGAGAUCCUGUGUAUCGCGGACCAGCUCAGCAUGGAGAAGGAGGUGAUCCGCGUUUGGUUCUGCAACCGCCGACAGAAAGAGAAGCGUAUCAACCCCAACAGUGCCACCCCUCCCUUGCCCAGCCAGCCCCCCCAAGCCCCACCGACGCACAAACCCCCCUGCUACAGCCCACACAUGAUGUCCAGUCAGCUGUCCAAUCAGCUGUCCAGUCAGAUGUCCAGUCAGCUGUCCAGUCAGCUGUCCAGUCAGCUGUCCCAGGCAGUGACCAGCCUCAGCACCACAUUGACCACAAUGUCAUCGUUCUCCCCUCUGAUCCCCAGUGGUCCCACCCACUCAUCUCUUAGCUCCGCCUCCUCCCCAGUGACUCCUCCUCCUCCUCGCAGCACAGCCAGCCCAGCCACUCCCAGCCACAGCACACUGAGUCUCAACACAGGCUUAUGGCGUUUGGGUAAAAAGAAUGGUGAUGUGUCUAACUACAUCACCGAUUUUGCUGCAAACUUGAGGAACACUGUGAUGGGAGUAAACACAGGGAACCAGGCUCUGAACCAAGCUCUCCUCAGCAACAACCCUUUGGCUACUAUACAAGCCCUAGCAGCCAGUGGUGGCCAGCUGCCCCUUUCCAGUCUUGAGGGAGGCAGUAAGGUGUUGCUGGGUGGUGCAGGGGGGCAGGGAGGGGGUCUCCAGUCCUCCUUCUUCCUCAACCACCCCGCUUUCCUCCACAUGGGCCACAAUCCUGGUGCUGGAUUGGUUAGCGCUGCCGUAGCCAAAGCAUCCCAGCCCUCCCCUUUCCCCUCCACCAGUAGCAUAAGCCCCACCCCCUGCUCCCCCUCCCCUUGCUCCAGCCCCGCCUCUUCCUGCGACUUCGAUGAAUUGGCGCACAGCCCAUCCUCAUUGGGAGGGGCUAAGAUUGAGUGACACAGCCAAGUGCCAAUCAGAGAGGAGGAGGAGAAAGGAGGAAACAACAACCUGGCCUUUCAACCAAAGCUAUCUCUUUUAUCACUCUCGCCCUACACUCUCUCUCUAUUUCCCCCAGUCUUUCGAUGCCAAAAAUACACAGAAUGAAAGAGAGUGGAGGGGGGAGUCAGAAGUGAAAAGGGGGAGAAGGGGGGAAAGAGGAAGAUUGAAACCAAAAAUCUUUAUCUAUCCAAAGUGAUGGAGGAGGCAUCGUGGGACUGUUUAGUCAAUACUGAGCGAUAUCGCACCUCUCCUUUCUGUCUCUCUUUCUUCCCCAGGAAAAUAAACCAAUGACAAACAACAGGAUUAGAGAUGUGUCGAAUCGCGUGAACCACAAAUGACAAAAAUAAACAUUACUGUGUGUUUUGGGGGAAUGGUGACAGGGACAGAAAAAAGAAGUGGAUGAUUUUCUUUGAAAAGCUGCAGGUCUGAAAGAGGAGGAGAUGGGAGGAGGAUUUUAAACCAAAAAUGUACCUGAGGAGGAGAAGAGGAACGCACGAUGACAAAAAUCAACAACCAUACCAAAAUCCCAGAAACCAAAAAUACGGAAGGAAAAGCUUUAUCCAAACGACUUGUACAUACUGAUCCUAUCCAGGACCAGGUCUCUGCCACACACACACACACGAUAUCCACAGCCGAUCACAUUCAUCUAUCCAUCUGAUUAGUCAUCCACCCUUCAUGUCUGUCAUAGUCUGUCACUCACUUUCACUGCAGUUAUAUUGUUUCUGUGGGAUAUUUUAGAUUGUUAUAAAUGGUUGAUACUGAACGAGCCAAGCUUACAGGUGUUUCGUUUGUGUUUUCCUACCACUGCUUCUUUAAGUAUCGUAUCCUAUCUCCCCCUUGCUUUCCAAUAGUUGGAGUCUGUCAUCGUCAUCAAUAUCAUCAUCUUGUGCCAUUUACUUCAUGUUGUCAGAGAUAAUAAGAGACGAGAGGGAACAAGAGAUCAGGCUGAGUGUAGCAGUUUCCAGCCUUGAUAAAAACCUCUCUCUCUCUCCAUAAUUACUCACAACAAAAUGACUCACUUGAUGAAAUAAUAUUAGACUUAAACUCAAUGUAGUCCUUGUGAAUGGCCAAUCCACCAUGGUGACAGUAUGAAAUUGAGCGUGAUUGGAGAUUUAACCUAGUAACAUUUUGAAGCAAGAAAUAGGUAAUUUGAUAAAAAUGUUAGUUUAGUCAUGGACAGGUCUGUCUUACGUUGUCAAUCAGCCAUCUGUCUCGACAUGCAGUAGAGAAAACAGAGAUCAAAACCUGUUUAAUGUUUAAUAUAUGUUGUUUUUAUUGUUCAUCAUCCCUCCAUCCAUCCCAUUUUCACUGUCAUUUUCCACCCAAAUCUGCCAUUAUUACACGUUUAAACCAAAGCAUUUGUUACUCUUCAGAGGAGUCAGCCAUGACAUUAACACUCACAUACUGUAGGGGUUGGGGACACACCCUACCCCUCCCGCUGAACCCCCCUAGUUGACCCCUUCCAUCUCCUUAUGCCCAAGAGGGUCACUUCAAAAGGACAGAACCCUCACCCAACAUAAAAGGGGUGCAUACGGGGAGGGGAUCGGAUGGUGCGAUGGGAUCAAACAUACAGAAAGAGGGGAUGUUUUUGUAAGAGGAUACCAAAAAUACAAACCAAAAAUGUCAGAAACAAACCAAAAAGAAACACAACCAAAUAUGGAUGGGGGGGGUGAGGGGAGGAGGACAAAUGUACGUUUCUACAGACUGGAACUGACACCUCUGUCUGUUAUCCAACUAACUGGGCUUCAGUGGCCCUCUCUAAACUGUGUAGCACAGAUGGACAGAUGUAUGGAUAGAUGUAUGGAUAGAUGUAUGGAUAGAUGUAUGGACAGAUGUAGAUGUAUGGACAGAUGUAUGGAUAGAUGUAUGGAUAGAUGUAUGGACAGAUGUAUGGAUAGAUGUAUGGAUAGAUGUAUGGACAGAUGUAUGGACAGAUGUAUGGAUAGAUGUAUGGACAGAUGUAUGGACAGAUGUAUGGAUAGAUGUAUGGAUAGAUGUAUGGACAGAUGUAUGGACAGAUGUAUGGAUAGAUGUAUGGACAGAUGUAUGGACAGAUGUAUGGAUAGAUGUAUGGACAGAUGUAUGGAUAGAUGUAUGGAUAGAUGUAUGGAUAGAUGUAUGGAUAGAUGUAUGGAUAGAUGUAUGGACAGAUGUAUGGAUAGAUGUAUGGAUAGAUGUAUGGACAGAUGUAUGGACAGAUGUAUGGAUAGAUGUAUGGAUAGAUGUAUGGACAGAUGUAUGGAUAGAUGUAUGGACAGAUGUAUGGAUAGAUGUAUGGACAGAUGUAUGGACAGAUGUAUGGAUAGAUGUAUGGAUAGAUGUAUGGAUAGAUGUAUGGAUAGAUGUAUGGAUAGAUGUAUGGACAGAUGUAUGGAUAGAUGUAUGGACAGAUGUAUGGACAGAUGUAUGGAUAGAUAGGACACAUUUCCUCCCUCACUCCAAACUCAGCUCUUCUUCUCUGGUCCUGGAUGGAGAAAUCUCUAAUAACCUCAUUGAACUGAAUCUUCUAAAUCUGUGUUUUACAUGUUUCUGUUUGUUGCUUUAUUUUCUAUUUGAUUUGUUUGCUGUGUCUCUUGAUGCUGUUUAUGUGCUGUUCUUUACUCAUUUAGGAUAAUAACGUAUUCACUUACUACAACAGCUCCUUCUUUUUUCCUAGUUGUUCUAGAGAUUUUAUCAGGUGGUUGGAAAAAUACUGUGAAAAUUUUGCUUCCAGAUUUUUAUUAGAUAAAAUAAAACUGACUCUCUUGGCAGAAAAAAAGACAGAAAAAGUCCAAAACAAGAGUUGAAAAGCAAAACGUGCAAACCAAACACCAAACACCAAACACCAAACACCAAACACCAAAUACCAAAAAUCCAAACCAAACCAAACACCAAAUACCAAACACCAAAUACCAAACCAAACACCAAAUACAAAACACCAAACACUAAACCAAACACCAAACACCAAACCAAACACCAAAUACCAAACCAAACACCAAACCAAACACCAAACACCAAACCAAACACCAAACCAAACACCAAAUACCAAACACCAAACCAAACACCAAAUACCAAACCAAACACCAAAUACAAAACCAAACACCAAAUACCAAACCAAACCAAAUAUCAAACCAAACCAAAAAGGCAGGAUAAAACUAGAGAUGGUUCAACUGCCGUCCCUGCCGUUGCAUUAGGGCUCACACUUAUGAUUGUGUCAAUUUAUCUGAAGUGUGUGCGUAUGUGCGUUGUGUGAGGGUGUGAUAGUGUGUGUGUGUGUGUGUGUUGUGUGUACACGCGUUAUAGAAAGAAUUCAGUGGAGUUUACAAAGAUGUUCUCUCUUGCACGUUUACCCCCGUUAUCAAACACACAAACACACUUGUACUUUACACACACACACUUUUACACACACACACACACACACACACACACACACACACACACACACACACACACACACACACACACACACACACACACACACACACUUACUGUAUACACACACACACACACACACACUUACUGUAUACACACACACACACAUACUUCAGCAAAAAUUUACAGUAGAGUUUAAAAUGCAUCCAAAGAGUACAGCUCCACAGCUGUGGAGGUUCUAACCACGAGGUGAAACCUUUCCUCAACAUGAACUCUUAGACGGAAUGUAUCUGUUAGUGCUUCUAUAGAUUUUGUAGAAAAAAAGAUCUGUGUCCUAAUGCUUACUUAUUGCUAAUGUAUUGAAAAACAUACAAAAAAUAUCUUAAAAAACAUUGAUGAUAAUGACUUGAUUUUAGACCAAAAAUGUUACUCUCUCUUGAUAAAUAUAUGGUUUAUUUUUCUUUGUCGAAUCAUUUAGGACUUUUGAUUGAUUGUACUAUUUAUUCAUCUUCAAUUUGAUUGAUUGAAGCUUAUAUUGAUUUCUUCUAACUAUUUAUUUGUUAUUUAUUCUAGAGUCUUUUUACAGGGGAUAUAAUUUGGGGUAUAUAUUUAUAAUAUAUAUUAUGUGGCUGUGACCAAAAAUCCUGCUGAAGUACCUUCUCACUUCUUCAAACCAGAUACAUGCAACCACAGGUCUCACGGGGCCUAGGAGAACAUGGUCAUGUUUGACCACAGACUCACUGCGACUACUCUUAAGGGGUGGGGGUGAGCUCACCGAGACUCUUUUCAAAUGGAUGGGGUGAGCUUACAGGGGGCAGCACUGUGUCUACUUCAGUACGACCACCUAACAGCAUUUUCUCAGGCAUUACAGGGCAGGGAAAGGUCAUGGGAAUAGGAACGUCAGCUUCAUAUGUAAAUUUGAGCAAUUUAAUGUUUUCAGGUGUUGAAUGCUGUCUUUCCUAAAUAUGGGGUUAAUUGUCCUAACGAUAAUGAUAUUACUAGUGAUGUCCUUAUUGUAUGAUUGAUGAGUAAUGACUGGUGAGAUGAGAGGGACAGAGCAUCUGAGUGUUUCUGGCUUUAUGUGCGGUCUUGUGAUGUUGUGUUUAGUUGAAGUGGGGAUAGGGAGCCUCAGUAGGGUUCUCUACAGCCUUACUACAGUCCAGGAUUGUUACUGGAGACCCACACCCAGGUGGGAUCAAAUCAGUCAUGAGUGAAACUUUUAAAACAUUGUAUUAAUAAAUCUCAAAGCUUUAGAACUGCAGUUUGCUCCCAUUACGAUGUAUACCAUAUAUUUUGGACGGAUCAGGUUAGAGGGAUUAUAUCCCGGAUGUACGGUUAGUCAGCGCUGCCUAUAAGAUAGUAUAAUGUAUGUUUGAAUAUAGCCCAACGGUUCUGGAAGAGAGCUCCGCUGACAGGGAUGGUCAGGCAGGCAGAUUGCUCUUAAAGAUACAGUGCUGUUCCCUCACAACCUCUCCUCUCCUCAUGAGAAAUACACUGAAAGCUUUAAACAGCUACCAAACCAAAAAACUAGUUAGAAGAUGCAUUGACUGGGGCAAAGGAACGUGACAGAGGGAAUUGUUUUCUUUUCUUUCUGUUUUGACUUUUCUUAAUGUUGGUAGGUUUUGUUUCCCACAUCUACUGUAGGAUGUUAAAGAGAGAUAUACCUCAUAUACUCUGAUGAUAAACCAAAUAGAUGAAAGGUUUUUUUUUUAAAGCGAGGUUCGUGUGGGGAUCGGGGUGUGACUGUGUGUACGUGUGUGUGUGAGUGUGACCAUGGAUGGCCAGAGCGAGGUUUGGGUCCGGCAGAGUUCAAAGGUAAAUAAUGGGGUCAGAGGUCACAUUUCCUGUGCCCCAUCCUAAUCAGGAGACAUUUUGGGUACCAAGUUGUAUGCCAGCCCUCUCGCUGUGGUUCCCAGUCCACUCCCCCACACACCUCCCUCUCCGUCUGGUCUGAAGAACAACCCCCCGCUCUGUACAGCCCUCUCUCCAUCCCCGUCUCCCCUACUGCUCCCUCCUUGCUGAAACAAAACACUCUCCAAGUAUAAGUUUUCUAUAGGCACAGAUAUAGGAUCAGCUUACCUUCCUCCAAAUCCUAAUCUUAAUUAACCAUUGAGGGAACAUAACACUGGCCCUAGGUCAGUGUAUAUGGAGCAACUUUUUCCUACUCCUUAACACAAAGCUUUAUUACAGGGGCUAGCCUCUGGGUACCCAGCAUCUUUAGGUGAUUGACUGGAUGUUGUGUCCUUCAGAGAUGUGUGUGGCAGCGAGCGCAGGAGGGUUAGGUGACUGGGGAAGGGCUGAGACUGUGGUUGCUAGGUGACGCAUGCAUACACUCCCCCAAGGUGGAAGUCCCUAUUUCUCCCUUGCUCUUUCCUUCUGUAAUGAGGUGUAGAUCAGUUUAGGUCCUCUACAUCCUGGUAGGAUGCUCAGGGUCUUAGGGAUCACAUGUAAAGUGUAGGUCCUUUCAAUAGGGAUACCCCCACAAGAGAAUGAUACCAAAGUUUAUGCCCUACUGUUGGAUACAGCACUAUGCACUCACUCCCUAAAACCCUGCUGUUUACCAGUGUCUGCACUGUUGGAGCUAGGAACAUAAGCAUUUCGCUACACCCGCGAUAACAUCUGCAAAAUAUGUAUACGCGACCAAUAAAAUGUGAUUUGUCCAUUCAGAGACUACACCUCUCCUGUAGACUGAGUAGUCACCUGGCCAUAGGCACAGGCACAGAUCUAGGAUAUGUUAACCUUUCCCUAAUCAAACUAUUAGUGUAGGCAGAACACAAAACUGACCUUAGAUCAGCACCUAGAGGCAACAAAUCCUACUCCCUCUACUAUAGCCUGGGUCAACAUUAUCGCAGCAGAGUUUAGCCUGGAAGAACAUCUCUCCAGAAUGUUUGGCAUUAACCAUUUUGUACAUUUUACAGUCUGAACAUCACAAAAUUGAUUCAGUUCAUGGAUUAAUUCCUUGUAGUCUCAGCGAAACACCUCAGCGACUGUGUCAAACGAGAAACAAAGGAAACUGUGAAAUGUAGGAAUUGAUAUUGCAACCUGGACUCAGGGAUAGACGUAACAUAGUAAAAGUAAAUCUGGGACAGUGAAAUUAGUAUGAUUUGUUACGUUUGGUAUGAGACCAGGUUGGAAUUGAUUUCAAUUGGAGCAGAACAAGCAAUGAUUGACAGUUUACUGAUAGAUGACAGAACAUCGUGUAGAUGUCAAGGCAGGAGAAAGCAAAGGGGGACAAAAAGACAAUAGCAAAGAAAACAAAAAAAGAGGAUGACUGAUAUUCCUCGUACCUACUCACUUCCACACUCCCUCUCUUUCAUACUUUCUUCUAUCUUCAUUCUCUCUCUUGUAUAAUACAGCUUCAGUCCAAAGUUCCUUAAGCAAGACAACAAAGUCCGAUCGUACAGAAUAAAACCAAAGAGUUCGACAUUCCUCCUCUCUUUCACAGACAGCCACUGCAUCCCUCUUUCUUUCUCUCCUUUCUGUCUAUUCAUCUCUUUUCGGCUCCAACCCCGUCACCUAGUAAUCCAGUUUCUGACCUCAGCUAUCCUAAGGGAAAUAUCAAAGAUGAUAAUAAUGAUGAUAAAAAUGUAUAUUUUUAAUUAUUUGUCAUUUGAAAAUGACAUUAAGCUUCUCGUAAAUAUGAUGAUGAUGACGAUGAAGACAAUAAUGACGUUUCUCUUGGUAUCUCUGUAGUUGUUCUGAUCCUUUUUGAGUUUUGUCCUUUUCACUCGUGCUGCCAGAGUAAUUCUGAUGAUCCCAUGAUUCUCCAAUGAGUUUGUUAACCCUGUCAUUUUAGUUCUAUCUGUCUCUUACCACUAUCUGUCUAUCUGUCUGUAUUCCAUGUCACUCUCUGUGUUCGUUGGGCAGAGGGAAAGCUACAUGUUACAACCGAAAAUAUGAUGUGUAUGUGGGAGAAUUCUUUACGAGGCGUUAUGGAGAGUUUUUCCAGGGAAUUACAGACUUCUUUGGAAGUGAUGGUGGUUUGGGGGGAGGGGUUAAUAAACGGAGGGAGGAGGGAAAACGGUCAUAACUGCUAUAACUGUUCUGUGGAAAUAAAACCACAAGAUGUGUGUGUGUGUGUGUGUGUGUGUGUGUGUGUGUGUGUGUGUGUGUGUGUACCUCAAACUGUAUCUAAUCUGUUAGAUAAGCAACAGGUUUGUAAACAUUGGCUUGAUUAGGUGAUUUACUGUUAGUCAACAUGUAGUUAAUUUCCCUCUGUCCGACCUUCAACCUUUGUUGUCUGUUUCCCUAUCUGUUCUAGUGUGUGGUGUGUUUGUGUGUGUGUGUGUGUGUGUGUGUGUGUGUGUGUGUGUGUGUGUGUGUGUGUGUGUGUGUGUGUGUGUGUGUGUGUGUGUGUGUGUGUGUGUGUGUGUGUGUGCUCAUCCUGCCUCCUGUGAGCAGUCCUCUUUUCUCUCCCUUCUCCCUGUCUCUCCCUCCCUUCUUCCUUGUGGUAGCAACUUAGCCUUUUACUGUGUUUAUCUUUAAAACAAAAACAAAAAACAAGAAAAAAUAUCUCUGCUUGUUCAUAGUACAGUGUUGUUCAUUUAAAGUCAUUUUUGUAACUGAAAGUGUUUCAUUCAUCUAAAUAAAAACAGGAGACAAAAACUGUA